AUGAAAGUAACUUUGACGCCACCACAUCACCAUCAAGGAAAUGGGAAAGCAGAGUCGGCAGUCAAAAUCGUCAAACGUAUCUUUCGGCGAGCAGAUAAAAGUGGACAAGAUCGUUGGCUAGCGCUGUUAGAAUGGCGUAACACACCCAACCACAUGCAGACAAGCCCGGCCCAACGGCUAUAUUCACGUCGGUUACGAACGCAAUUGCCAAUGAAACAAUCGCGGUUGCGACCAGAAGUUCAGCACAAUGUACCAAAUAAAAUCAUAGAAGCGCGUAAGAAAGCAAAAUUUCAUCAUGACAAGCGAGCAAAACAACUGCCAGAGCUGGAAAUAGGCCAGGACGUAUACGUGCAGCUGAAGCCACACCAUGAUAGCAGUUGGAAACCGGCAGUUGUAAGCGACAAAUAG